AUGUUGAAGAAAGAUUAUGUGAAGAGAUGGUAUGGCCAGAUAAAGGAUGGUAAGAUCUUCAAGGAGAAUGCUCUUGGAAGAACAAACAUUAUCAUAAGUAGUGACAAAAAGAAACUUAACACUGAUGAUCCAAAGAAGAAGGUGGUAAAGGACUUCUGUGUGACGGAUUACAAGAACCCAAUGAUAGGGCAAAACCUCAACCUCUAUGAGGUCCUAAAGCAUGGCAGGAACACAGGGUUGCCAAUUGAUAUAGACAUAUUGGUGGAUGAUGAAAAGAGGGCCAAGGAGUAUGAGAGGAUGCAAUCAGAGGGCCGAUAUCCUCUCUUAGAUGAGAUCAUAGAAUUUGCGAAGAGCAGCAUUGACGUGAUGACAUAUGAAUUGGGCAUAGAGGGGCUGCAUGUAGACAACGUGAUAAUAUGUGAGUCAAAUGGCAGACAGCAUGCAGAGGCAAGGUACAAACUAUCAUACCAUGUGAUACUGCCAAUACACCUUGACUGGAGAUAUUGCCGAGACCUCAUGAAGCAUCAGCAAUUCAGGCUUAUAAAUCAAUCCAAGAUGGUAUACCACAACAACCAAUACAUAGUCACACCUACAAUCAAGAGGGCCGUCAAACCACAAGGAGAGCCAUUCUACAAGUAUCUUGUAGGUGAAUAUGAAGAAUCAAACAGGUUCUCAAGGUUUGAUCCGAGCAUAUUGAAUGGUAAAAAGAAGCCCUUCAAUAUAAGCCCUCCAAAGCGUGUCAAGAGGCCAUCGCAAUUAGACAACGGCACGUUCACCUACACAGGUAAGCAUAUAUUGAAGCCUGACAUAAAUGAACACUUUGUCAUGUAUCUCAUAAAGACCAUACAGAAUGACAUUAUCUCUAUCAAUACAUAUAACUGGAAGAAGUUGAUUUUAACAGUGACCAAUUUCUUGACAGAGACCCCAGAAGAGAUGUUCAAUGACCUACAGGGUUCAAUCCAUAUCAAAUAUGAGGACAGGGUUGAUACUUUUCUAUCUCUCAUGAUUGAAUGGACCCAUAAGGCCUACAUAAAUCAUUGUCAAUAUCUGACAUGGGACAAGAUCACACUUCUAAACAAGUGUAAGGAAUUGAAGGUAAAGAGAUAUGGAAGCCUAUCCAAAGAGCAGAUGAUAGAAGAGCUUGAGAAGGUUUGUCCAACAGAAAGAAUGGACGAUAUAGAGAUACAUAAGAACAACAUCAAAUCCCUUUAUGAGACCAAACUAAGCUCAUUAUACUGUUUGCUAAACUCAUUCAAUGAAAAUAAUGAACAAGAGAGGAUAACAUUGCAAGAGAUGUUGUCAAGGCUGAAUAGCAUGCUGCACAAAUCUACGUUACAAUGGGCAGAUCCAAUUGGUAGCCUUGUAAUGAUUGCCAAGAUGUAUGAUGAGAAUGUGGUUUCAUCGUGGCACAGACACAACCUACCAAAAAAUACAACAGUCAGUCUAGACUAUAUCAAGGAGCGGUUCAAUGUGCUGCCAUAUCCCUCAUUUGGAGAAAAGAUAGAAUCAGAUAAGACUUUCAUAGCUCUAUCGGCCUCAAUGGGAUUUGGGAAGACAGAGUACAUGCUCCAAGAUAUAGAAAACAGCGAUGAUAAUGUUCUGAUUAUAGUGUCCAACAUAAAUCUAGCAACCACUCUAAGGACAAGAGUGAAUGGGAUAAUGAUGGAGAAAUGGCUCCAAACAUUCAGUCUGUACAAUGACAUGACGGUUCCUGAUCGCUUCAAGAAAGGACGUCUCAUUAUCUCAAUCCAAUCCCUUAGCAAGUUAGAACGCUUCGAUUACGACUAUAUCAUAAUAGAUGAGUUAGAUGAGCUCACCAAUUCAUUGGUAAAUCCAACAACCGAUGAGCGAAAGAACAAGAAUGUGAGAGAGGAAAUAGUUAAUGUGUUGAAUGAUCUAUUCACCUACAGCAGCCUGAAGAGGGUAAUAUUCGCAGAGGCUCUAUUUAGAUUUAGCAGGGCCUCUGUAGAUUUUCUAUAUGACCUAUCCAAGAGGUUCAGCAAGCCGGUUGAUUUCUAUCAUACAGAUGAUAUCCGUUUUAAGCAAAGGUACAAUCUACGGUGUGACAUCAGAAGGUACAAAAAAGAGUAUAAUAAAGAGCAAUACAAUGUAUCAGAAUACUUCUUGAAGAACAUCAUAAAGGAUGUGAAGAAUGGACAUAAGAUAUGUGGAGUGGUAGUCUUCAAGUGUAACAAGGAACGGUUUGAAAAAGAGUUUGAUAAGCAUGGCAUUAAACAUCUGAUCAUCACAGGGGAUAACAAAGAAGAACAUAAAAAAUACAUAAAAAAUCCUAAACUGAUCAGCAAACACAACAUAGAUGUGUGUCUGCACACUUUCACUUUAACCACAGGCUUUUCAGAGGAAUCUAGAGAUUACUGGACCAAGAAGGUGAUACUUCUUGAUGAAUUUGGGAGUGUUCCUAAUGGUUUUAUUCGUACAAACACCAUAUUUCAAGCAUUGCAUAGAUUUAGAUAUGUCAAGGCAGAUGCCGAAGGAUAUCAGAACAUAGAUAUAUAUUACAAGAGAAAUCCAGACUUUGAGCACACCUAUGUAAAGUUCAGGAAUCAGGUGGUUUCAGAGGACUAUCUCAAGCAUGUAAAGCAUCCUAGCAAGGAGUCUAAUUGCAACAUGGAGGAAGGCUUUAAAGAGAUGUUCCGCAACCUUAGGAUAAACAAUACAGAGAGGGAUCAUAUCCAGAAACCCUAUCUGAUAGAUUGUUUCAAGUACCAGGUAAGCAAACAAGCCGAUAAUAGGUUUAUAGAAAAAGAAUGUAUCAGAACCCAUGAAGGGAUAUACUGUGCUCUGAAGGAUCAUGUGGAGGAUGCUGAGGAGACAACCGUAGAGCAGGCAAUAAACAAAAAGGACAUGUUUAAACACCAUUCUGAAGUGCUAAAGGCAUACAAUUACAAUUACUUUGAAUACAUAAAUAAUGUCUUGAAGCAUCGAAAGGACAAAGAGAGACAACAGAGAGAUGCCUUCUUAGUAUAUAUUUAUGAUAUAUAUCUACAUCGUAUGGAUGUGGAAGAUUAUAAGAGGAUCAUUGAGAAGGUAUAUAAAUCUGUAGGCAAUGAGAACAUUAAUUUUAACAUAGUGUCGUCAUUGAUACAGCUAUAUCAUCAAGAGAAGAACAUCAUCAAGAGCAUAAACAAGUUCUUGGAAAACGACAAGCUAACAAGGAUGGUCCAUAGGAUCGUGGAGAUAUUGGAUAUCAAGUUUGAUAAUUUUAAUAAAGAUACGAUCAUAUCGGGCAAGAACAUCAAGAUAUAUGAGAAAGAGAUAAAUAGUAUGUACUAUGAGUUCUAUAUCCAGUUUAAACUGAAGAAGAGCAAGGAUGCUGAAAAACCAAUAUCUAAAUUGAAUUUCCUGAUGUCAAAACUAUUCCAAAUGGAAUUGAAAGAAACAGCUGAAAGCGGAUGUGAAUAG